AUGCGUCCUCCCGCGCCCGCGCUCGACGUCAUCGCCGCGCAGUCCCAGGCUGCCCAGGCUACUGCUGCACCGGCCGCCGCUGCUGCUACGGUUGUCGACGGUAACAACAACAGCACCAGCAAUAGCAACAGCAAUAGCAGCAGCAGCAGCGACGUGGAUCUCCCGACCGUCGUGAUGGCUGAGCCAGGCCCCGGCCCCGGCCCCGAUGCUGACCAAGAGCGAGACGCCUCUGAGACCCGGGAUUCCCGCUCCUCCUCGUCCACCAACUCGCCCAUCCCCCGCGAUAAUGACGAGUCCGACUUCUACCUGGCCAACAACGACUCGCAGUCCUCGCUGGGCAUGGUGCCGAACCUCCAGGACAUGCAGGUUAACGACCAGGAAUGUCUGCCCAUCGCCGUCACCCUCCCCAGCGAGAUCCUCAUCAGCAUCUUCGGCCGCCUCAACUCGCCUGCCGACUGGUUCCGAUGCAUGCUGGUCUCCAAGAGGUGGGCCAGAAACGUGGUCGAGAUGCUCUGGCACCGCCCUACCUGCACCACCUGGCCGAAACACACAAAGAUCUGCCAGACCCUGGGCCUCGAGCACCCCAGCUUUGCCUACCCAGAGUUCAUCAAACGCCUGAACCUCGCCGCCCUGGCACACGAGGUGAGCGAUGGCAGCGUCAUGCCACUUGCUGUCUGCUCCCGCGUCGAGCGCCUGACCCUGACCAACUGCAAGGACCUGACCGACGUCGGCUUGAUUGCCCUCGUUCGAAACAGUCCGCAUCUCCUGGCCCUGGACAUUUCCCAGGACAUCAAGAUCACCGAGGCAUCCAUCUUUGCUAUUGCUGAGAACUGCCCCAGGUUACAGGGACUCAACGUCUCGAGCUGCAAGCAGAUCUCCAACGAGAGCAUGAUCCAGCUGGCUGAGAGCUGCAGGUAUAUUAAGAGGUUGAAACUCAACGACUGCGAUCAACUCAACGACAGUGCCAUCAUGGCCUUUGCCAACAACUGCCCCAACAUUCUGGAGAUCGACCUGCACUCGUGCCGUAACAUUGGCAACGACCCCAUCACGGCUCUUCUCGCCAAGGGCCAGUCCCUCCGGGAGCUGCGUCUUGCCAACUGCGACCUGAUCGAUGACUCGGCCUUCUUGAAUCUUCCAUCCAACAAGGUCUACGAGCACCUGAGGAUCCUUGAUCUCACCUGCUGUGCCCGCCUCACAGACCGCGCCGUUGAGAGGAUCAUCGAGGUGGCCCCCCGACUUCGAAACCUGGUCUUGGCCAAGUGUAGCAACAUCACCGAUGCGGCUGUCUAUGCUAUCUCGCGCCUGGGAAAGAACCUGCACUACGUACAUCUAGGACACUGCCGCCACAUCACCGACGAUGCCGUCAAGAAGUUGGUCCACUGCUGCAACAGGAUCCGCUACAUCGAUCUCGGAUGUUGUCAGCACCUCACUGAUGAUUCUGUAACUCGGCUGGCCACUUUGCCCAAGUUAAAACGCAUCGGUCUUGUCAAGUGCAAUGCGAUUACCGACGAGAGUAUGGAGGCUUUGGCAAGGGCCAACUCACGGAUCCGUUCCCGAAGAAAUGAGCAGGGACUGGUGGUUCCUGACUUUCAUCACAGCAGCAGUCUAGAGAGAGUCCAUCUGAGCUACUGCGUCAAUCUGACUCUGCCUAGCAUCAUUAGACUUCUGAACGCCUGCCCCAAGCUGACUCACCUCAGUUUGACGGGCGUUAAUGCGUUCUUGCGCGAAGAUCUCGAGAACUUUUGUCGCGAAGCGCCACCAGAUUUCACUGAACAUCAGCGUCAGGUGUUCUGUGUAUUUUCCGGCCCGGGAGUUACAGGGUUGAAGCGCUAUCUUAACACUCACCCCGAGUUCGCUCAAUAUCAUGAGGGACGGCCCGCUCUGCCACCGCAGCCUGCCCAUGACAUGGAUGGCUUGGAAGACAACGAUGUUAUCGAGGAUGAUGACAUGGGUGAUGGUAGUGAACUCGCCCUUGGUCCUGACAACGACGAUGUCCAGGUCAACAAUCACAAUAUGGCUAUCCCGCCACCGCCUCCUCUGCCGCAUGUGAAUUCCCAAACCAACAGCUGGCUGGAUCCCAAUAACCCAAUCAUUGAGAACUCGGUCGCCUUCAGUAAUUCUCUCAAUGGCCCUUCAUCAGCCAAUGCUCUCGACACUCUCGCGGCUCCAGCACCACAAGUGCUCCCCACCUCGCCUACGGAGGAACCUGCGACAGGCCGGACUGCACCUGGCUUCUUUGAAGAGGCUUUCCAUACCAGAGGGCCCAGCACCGCAGGUGGGAAUGCUUCAGGAGGCCCAGGACAGUCUAAUGCUGGUCCCAGUACGGCAUCGUUCCAUGGAGCAGCCCAAGAACACCCCAGCUAG